AAGGGCAGGCACGGCGGUAGUGGCCAAGCCUCGCGAGAGCAGAUGCGGCGCGCGCGAGCUGUGGCGGGAACGGAGAGGCAGUGUUUUGAACGCUUCUGCGCUGCGCUCCAAAUCUCUCCGUGCGCUCUGGGCCAGCACUGCCAUGGAGGCCCAGGCCGUGGGGCGGCAGCAACAGCAGCCUGCGGCCAGAAGCAGGAACCUGCCCUGGGUUGAAAAAUAUCGACCACAGACACUGAAUGACCUAAUCUCUCAUCAGGAUAUCCUAAGCACCAUCCAAAAAUUUAUCAGUGAAGAUCGACUGCCACAUCUGCUUCUCUAUGGCCCCCCCGGGACAGGAAAGACAUCCACCAUCUUGGCCUGUGCCAAACAACUCUACAAAGACAAGGAGUUCAACUCUAUGGUCCUGGAGCUCAAUGCUUCUGAUGACCGAGGAAUAGAUAUUGUACGGGGACCAAUCCUGAGCUUUGCCAGCACAAGGACAAUAUUUAAGAAAGGUUUUAAACUUGUGAUAUUGGAUGAGGCAGAUGCCAUGACACAGGAUGCCCAGAAUGCCUUGAGAAGAGUGAUUGAGAAGUUCACAGAGAAUACCAGGUUUUGCCUCAUCUGUAAUUAUCUGUCAAAGAUCAUCCCCGCCCUGCAGUCUCGAUGUACAAGGUUCCGAUUUGGCCCCUUGACUCCUGAGCUGAUGGUUCCCCGCCUGGAGCACGUCAUAAAAGAGGAGAAUGUUGACAUAAGCGAAGAUGGAAUGAAAGCGCUGGUCACCCUUUCCAGUGGUGAUAUGCGAAGGGCCCUAAACAUUUUGCAGAGCACCAACAUGGCCUUUGGGAAGGUGACCGAGGAGACAGUGUACACCUGUACAGGACACCCACUCAAGUCUGACAUCGCCAACAUUCUGGAUUGGAUGCUGAACCAGGACUUUACCACGGCCUACAGGAAUAUCAUGGAACUGAAAACACUGAAGGGUUUGGCAUUGCACGAUAUUCUGACAGAGAUACACUUAUUUGUACAUCGAGUUGACUUUCCACCUCCAGUUCGAAUACAUUUGCUCAUCAAAAUGGCAGACAUUGAACACAGACUUGCUGUCGGCACAAGUGAGAAGAUUCAGCUAAGUUCCCUCAUUGCUGCUUUUCAAGUCACCAGAGAUUUAAUUGUAGCAGAAGCCUGAGCAAAACAAUUUCCAAGCCCCCAACAAUGAUUAGAAAACAAAGACUCCUAAUUCUGCAGCUCUUGGGGGAAAAGUAGUGGCCUCAGAGCUGGAAAUGGACAAAAAGUCCUGGAAAUGUUGACUUGACUAAUUUGGGUAAUAAGGAACUUGAAGGACAUUUGGGUGUUCCAUAAGUCUAUUUCAUGGUCUGACUGUAGUGUGCCCAACUUAGUGAAGGCCUCUGCUUUCUGGGGCUCUGAUCAAGGGAGAAGAGUCUUCAAGUAUGCCCCCAUCUAGAGCUGUCCCAGAAAAAAAUGUCUGUAUCUCAAGUGUAAUCUGUGAUAAUAUCUAUCUUUACUUAUUGUUAUUGGCUUUAUGGUUGAAAAUAAAUUUUGUCCUUUUCUAA